GGUAGAGUAGAUCGCUGUGUGCUUCCAGUCGGGUCAUAGAGAAUCUCGCAACCAGAGCGAUCAUCGGACACGCGUCUGGAGCAAGCGUGUAGGUUUAGGGAAGAGGAACCAGAUAAUGUAACAGUAUCGUGCAAAACCACCACUCCUGAACCGACUUUUCUGGAAAUGUGGUACUAGAUUGCCCCACAAAUAAAGGGGCGAAAUCUGCUCCAGUAACUCAUUAGAAAAUGAAACGGCUUUCUCGAAAGCUGACUUUGGCUUUGGUGGUUAUUUUCUGGAUUGCUGCACUACUGUAUUUAAUACUCCUAAGUAGGCAGAAAGUAUCGGACCUGGGGACCAAAGAAGCACAGUACGGAAAGAUUUCUGAUGCGGAAUGGGACGAACUGCUGGAAGAGUUUGAAGAGAAGAACUACCUCAACGCCAGACGAUGGAAACCAGGACAGGACCCAUACAAACUGUUUGCCUUUAACCAGAGGGAGAGUGAACGAAUCCCCAGCAACAGAGCUCUUCGAGACACACGCCAUUACAGGUGCACCGAGUUACAUUAUGACCCCGAGCUGCCAUCCACCUCCAUCAUCAUCACCUUCCACAACGAGGCCCGAUCCACUCUGCUACGCACCAUCCGGAGUGUGCUGAAUCGGACGCCAGUCCACCUAAUUCACGAGAUUCUCCUGGUAGAUGACUACAGCGAGGACGCGAACGACUGCCUUCUACUCAACAAGUUGCCCAAAGUAAAGUGUUUUCGGAAUGACAGGAGGGAAGGUCUGAUCCGCUCCAGGGUGCGUGGGGCGAACGCAGCCAAGGCCGGCGUCCUGACCUUCCUGGACAGCCACUGUGAGGUCAAUAAGGACUGGCUGCCCCCACUGCUGCAGAGGAUCAAGGAGGACCCGACCUGUGUGGUGAGCCCAGUGAUCGACAUCAUCAACAUGGAUACGUUUGCCUACGUAGCAGCCUCCUCUGACCUCCGUGGAGGCUUUGACUGGAGUCUACAUUUCAAAUGGGAGCAGUUGUCGGCCGAGCAGAAAGCCAGGAGAGCUGACCCCACUGAACCCAUUAAGACGCCUAUCAUCGCCGGAGGGCUGUUUGUGAUUGACAAGUCGUGGUUCAACCAUCUGGGGAAGUAUGACACGGCCAUGGACAUCUGGGGCGGAGAGAACUUUGAGAUCUCGUUCCGGGUGUGGAUGUGUGGAGGGAGCUUGGAAAUUAUUCCUUGCAGCAGAGUCGGCCAUGUCUUUCGCAAGAAACACCCCUACAUCUUCCCUGAGGGCAACGCCAAUACCUACAUCAAGAACACCAGACGCACAGCGGAGGUGUGGAUGGAUGAGUUCAAGCUCUUCUACUACUCGGCUCGUCCUGCAGCGCGGGGCAAGUCCUAUGGCGACAUUCACAGCAGGGAAGAGCUUCGCAAGAGUCUCAAGUGCAAAUCCUUCAAGUGGUAUCUGGACAAUGUCUACCCAGAGCUCAAAGUGCCAGAUGAUUCAGACUCAAAGUCGGGGGUGAUUCGUCAAAGACAGAAUUGUCUGGAGUCCCGGAUGGCGGAGGGACAGGAUCUCCCCUCUCUCACAAUGGGACCCUGUAUUGGAACCAAAGCUGUGCCAGCACUCAAUCAGGAGUGGAUCUACACACAUGGCCAGCAGAUCCGCCAGCAGCAGCACUGCCUCUCUCUGUCCACCACCUUCCCUGCCUCCCAGGUCAUGCUCAUGCCCUGCAACAUCGGUGACGGGAAACAGCGUUGGCAGAAGUCAGGCACCCACCUGGAGCAUCUGGCCUCCCACUUCUGCCUGGACAGUGAGAUGGCAUUAGAUGGCAUGGAGAGCAGCAAGAUGCUGGUGAUCAGCCCCUGUGAACUAACAGCCUACACCCAGAGAUGGGAGAUGUACUUCUCUUGAUCCACCUGCAUCACUUCCUGUGGAGGAGGAAUACCCUAUAAGCACGUAUGAGCUUUCAGAAAGAGACAGGGGGAAUAGAGAGGAGGGACACCAAAGUUAAAGGGUAUUUUUCAGUCGCUGAGAUUAGUCUUUAUAAGAUGACAGGGACUUGGACUGACAUGAGCACAUUCAAGUGUUUAACAGGACAUUCAGCAGGCUGAAGUCAUGUAUUGUGGGCUGAUUCUGAUUGAAAUACGGUGGACACGUUUUCAUUACUCUUGUCAUGGAAACUCAUGUGAUCUGUCAGGACUAUUUUCCUAAGUGCUGCUUCACAUAUAAAAGUUGUGAUUAAGACUUCAAUAGAUCUCUGUUAGGACAUUUGAAUGGUGAUCAAAUAUGGAUUGUAGCUAGGAUUCAGUUAUUUGAAAUGGCUUUUUCAAGGAUAAUGGCUAUGAUACUGAAAACCACACAAGCUUUGUGUGUUGCGAUGUCAAAACUGGAAAUAAAACAAAUCUAGAAAAUGUUUGUUAUUUUUGUGGUCUACAGUGUUGUUAAAAAAUUGUUGGCCUGUUUCUGAUUUGGAUAUUUUUGUCACUGUUUUCAGAUCUUCAAACAUAUCCUAAUAUUAGCUACAGGGCACCAGAGUGAACACAAUAUUUCUAAACUUGUUUAAGUUAUGUAAUUAAUUAAGUAAUGCAGCACCAAAUGAUCCCCUGCAAAUCAUGAUUGCCC